AUGGAAGAGGCGAUGGACUACAUCCGCGUCAACAAAUCACCGUCGCCUUCGUGCGCAUGUACGACUAGCAGGGUACCUGUUGAGAAAGAUGGCGACGAUUGUAACAGUCACAAGCCAGUGUCCAGCUUAUGUGGCGACUUGGACCAAACAAUGCACCUGGGGCGGGUAGCCAACUGCCAGGAACAACUCGCAGAAUGCAACAGACAUAUCCGAGAAUUGGAAGAAGCAACAAACAACAAUUCGAGAUUGAUACGGUAUUGGACUGAAAAGCAGCAAAAAGACUGGGAAGCUUACCUGCAAUCCCGUAUUGCUGAAAUAAACCAAGAAUGGCAUCAGAAGACCCAAAACUUUCAAGCUUGUCACCAAGCCGAACUGGCAAGCUUACAGAAGCAGUUUUCUGAAGCCCAAGCCCUCGUGCAGCAGCUGGAGUCUAGCCUUACCACAGAGCAGACGAAUCGUGUAUCCGCGGAGGCCGAAGCCCUCGAGAAUCACAAGCGCUGGCGCAAAACGGCCGCUGAGCUUCGCAAACUUUACACCACCACGUGCCAGUCAAACAAGAUCUCUGAUCAGGAUCUCAUCGAUGCUGCUAAAAGAAUGAGGUGGAUGGUGCGUAACUUGGCCGCAACCGGAUUUUCUGAGAUACUUGGCGAGCCUUCGAGCGAUAAGACACGACUCUCGACCUAUCCAAGGCCUAUGACGGAGGACUUGAGGCAGAUGCAGUUUUUUUUGCACACCAACCAAUUCCCCAUCUACUUUGAGGCGUCUUUGUGGCACUAUUUGACCAAAUACGUGUUUGGUCGUUAUAUGUGGGCAGGCGAAGCUGCAGAGUCGAUGCAGAAGCUGUAUUCCGCCGUUUAUGAUAGCCCAACUGAGAAGAUCGCCAUCUCAUUACAAGAGUGGCGCACAAAUACUAAUGCUCUAGUUGCAACGACCGCUGCAACGACCCCUGCUGCCCGAAAGGCCCUACUGGCCUACCGAGCCGAUUUUGCCUAUUCCAUGCUGCGGUUAGGUAAUUAUCGACGCGGCAAUCCAGGUCUAGCGGAUGAGUUGGCCACCAUUUUUGACGCGGCAAUCUCCCUUGACCGAGACAUACACUUGCGCAACAGCGCCGUGGAGUGGCAGGUUCUGCCGCCUGGACAGAACAAGUUUGAUCCCGACACUAUGGUAGUCGAGAACGACGGAGUAAUCAGUUCGAGAGUGUUAGUCGUGCUGGCUCCUGGACUGAUUAAGAAGGGUCAUGAUGCGGUCGGGGACGACGUAUUGUGUAAAAUGGAGGUGGUGUGUGAAGUGGACAGGGUGGCCAACGAGAGCCAGGCGAAUGCGCCUACUGUCACGAUCAGGGACAAUGGGAGGCUAAACUGGAUUCAUGGAUUAAAAAAACUAGAGAGGCAUUUCACUCGGAAAGUGGUGAGGUGA